AACAGGAAUGUUUUGGGUAGGGCACUAAUAGACCACAUUUCCCAUGAUGCCUUUCGGUUGUGACGAACAGACCUGGAGGAGCGUUCGUGUUGUGUUUUGUUUUUUUUACUCUCCAUAUUUUUUUUAUUUACCAUAGUUAUUUAUUUAUUUGAUUUUGUGGAGCAGGAGCAGAGUGUGAUGGCGUCAGGAUGCUGAGCGAGCUGGUCUGGACUCACUGGGACAUUCAGCGGACCGUGUGGGAAUCAUAAGCGCUGGAUACUGGCCUCAGGACCACAGAUGAGGAUCUUCUGGACGCGUGGAGCAUCAGGAGAGCUCGUGUGAUCGUUAUAUUUGAGGAGCAGAUCUCGAUCAGACGCGCUGUGGAUGUGAUCAUGGAUGCUGGUGUCGGUGAUUGGUGUUUAAACGAGUCACUCAUGUAAACCUGUGAGAACAGCAGGAAAGCCGAGCGGAGAAACAAGGAAGCGCUCUCUCUCAUUGUGUCCAUCUAUCGCAAGAAAACAUCAAUCUAAUGCUCGAUCAAGGAGUAUGCGACUCCACGCGAGCAGGUGAGUCGUGUGUCUGUGACUGUGUGCGCUAAGCUUCGCCAGAUCAGGGUGGUUCGUGAAGCCCUGCUAAGUGCUGCUAACCCUGCUAGCCCAUGCUAGCUGCUGCUCCGCUGCUUCCGGCGGCUCUGCGGCGCUUCCGCUGCUUCAUCGCUGCGCGUUGGGCUCCGGUUCAGAUGCAGACAGUCUGGGCUGCUUUUCUGUGAAGGCACGAGUUUCUGUGGAGCUGAGGCGACUAACUGCUGCUGGUUAGCUGUAGAUACACAACACAUGUAAACAUGUUGAAUGCAGAGGGGAUGUCUGGCAGUAAGGUGCUGGGGGGGGCGCGGCGGCGGCGGACACGGUGCCGACGCUGUCAGGCGUGUAUGAGGACCGAGUGCGGCGAGUGCCACUUCUGCAAGGACAUGAAGAAGUUCGGUGGACCGGGCCGGAUGAAGCAGUCCUGUCUGCUGCGGCAGUGCACUGCACCGGUGUUGCCGCACACAGCCGUGUGCUUCGCAUGCGGUGAAGCAGGGAAGGAGGACACGGUGGAGUCGGAGGAGGAGAAGUUCAGCCUCUCGCUCAUGGAGUGCACCAUCUGCAACGAGAUCAUCCACCCCAGCUGCCUCAAGAUGGGCAAGUCUGAAGGCAUUAUUAAUGAUGAGAUCCCAAACUGCUGGGAAUGUCCAAAGUGCCACAAGGAGGGAAAGACCAGUAAGGAUCAAGGAGAUGGUUUGGGGAAGAGGCGCAUGGACAAUGGGGAGGUGAGUCGCUGGAAGCUGACGGAUGAGCCGCCUCCCAGUAAGAAGAAGAGCCUGUCUCUGGAAGACGGAGCCAGACGCAAGAAGGACAAGGAGCUUCCCCAGGAGAGCGGCUCCAGAAAGAAGAUCAAAGCUGCCCGUGAUAAACACCUGAAGAAGCAGAAAGCCAAACCCAACUCCUCGGAUUCUUCUGAAGCGAACGGGCCGAACUCUUCUCUGGGUGGUGGACACGGCUCUGCUGGAGGCUCCGGCACGGUGCAGCCCUCGACCCCGAGCCAGGACCAGCGCUCGCAUCACCGUGAGAAGCUGGAGCGCUUCAAACGCAUGUGUCAGCUCCUGGAGCGAGUGCGCGACUCCAGCUCCUCGUCCUCCUCCAGCUCCGAAAGCGGCUCGGAGUCAGACUCGGACUCUCCGUCUCCUGCCGCCGCCUCAGAACCUCCCUCUCCAGCUGCUGUGUACAGUGGCAGCAUGCGAGAGCGGAACCGGCGUCUGGCCGAGCUGGGCUUCAGUGCCAGUGAGGAUUCUGACGGCGAGAACGCGGCAGCAGACAGAGGAGAGGUGAAUGCCCGGGUGCGUAGAGCGGUGGUGGACGCUGAAGCAGAUGACGAUGAGGACAGAGCAGGGGAUCGGGGUCACAGGGUCAGUGCCGCGGACCCGUCCUCACCGCUGUCCGCUACACAGCUGCCGCCCUUCGGACACGGACACUUAGCAGGCCUGUCCUCAUCCAAGCGCACUAACGGCCAGGACACUCGCAACGGCCGCAUGCGAGUGGCUGGCAGAGAGCUGCAGGAGAAGGAGAACUCCAGCAGCAGUACUGUCACCAAUCACCGGCACGCUGCUGUAAAGACUGCUCGUGGUAGCAGAAUGCGAGGAGGAAGCCGGCAGGGCCAGAGCAUUCCCUCAAGCAAGAGCACAGGUACAGCAGCAGCCGGCUCUGGGACUGCGAAUGGCAACAGUGGCACCUCUAACCCGGGGAGCGUGUCUCUGGCUCCGCAUCGCUCGCAGCUGGUGAAGAGGAGUGCUGUGGCCGUGCCCUCGCCGCCGCGGCCGCUGCAGAUGGAGCGACACCGGGUGCGACCCCCGCCGGCCUGCCCCGAGCCACACUGCCUGCCGCUGGACAGCGGAGCCUCACACGUGCUGCCCCGGGACGUCUGGCUCCACGUCUUCCAGCACCUCAGUCAGCCGCAGCUGUGUGUCUGCAUGCGUGUGUGCCGCACCUGGAGCCGCUGGUGCUGUGAUAAGAGGUUAUGGACUCAGAUCGAUCUGAGCCGCCAGCGCUCCAUAACUCCUCCAAUGCUGAGCAGUAUAAUCCGUCGACAGCCUGUGUGUCUCAACCUGGGCUACACCAACAUCUCCAAGAAACAGCUCAUGUGGCUCAUUAACCGUCUGCAAGGGCUGCUGGAGCUGAACGUGGCGGGCUGCUCGUGGUCCUCGGUCUCAGCGCUCUGUCAGUCGGUGUGUCCCUGUCUGCGGCUGCUGGACCUCAGCUGGGUGGAGGAUCUGAAAGACUCGCAUCUGAGGGAGCUGCUGGCACCGCCGAGCAACGACACACGCUCAGCUCACGGAGAGAACCGCGGCGGGCGUUUCCAGAACGUGACGGAGCUGCGUCUGGCGGGCCUGGAGGUGACUGACGCCGUGUCGCGCCUGCUAGUGCGCUAUCUUCCUCACCUGAGCAAGCUGGACCUCGGUCAGUGCUGCCACAUCACAGACCAGAGCAUCCACACGCUGACCUCUGCCAUAUCCCCGCUGCGAGAGAGCCUCACGCACGUCAGCCUGGCAGGCUGCGUGAAGGUGACGGAGCAGUGUCUGCCGCUGCUGCGCCGCUGUGCCUCGCUGCAGAGUGUGGACCUGCGCUCCUGCGGCCUGCUCGCUCCAGACGUCUGCCAGCUGCACUGCUUCCCCUCGGCCGAAGACAGACUCCUGCUCAAGAACAGCUAGACUCCUGCCCACAACAACACUACCGCAAGAGACUCGCAGCACAGCAUCAGAGGAAACAGCAUUUCUAAAUCACAGACACUUGGCUGUUUUUUGUUCUGUUCUGUUCUGUUUUGUUUUCCGGAUCAACCAUUUGUGAAUGGAGACAUCCAUUCCACAUAGAUAUCCCGUACCAGUAAUGAGUGUGUGUACAGAUUAGUAGUUUGCUGUAAAUGACCCCUCCUGACCCCAGCACUGAACACUGAGUGCAAGACGAUGCCGAAUGUAUGCUACUGUGGGGAGGUCAUCUCAAACACAGCCAUGCUAGUCAGGAGAAGGGUUCACCCCCGAAUCAAAACAGAUUUGAGUUGUUUAGUCUUUUUUAGCAUAAAUAAAAUAAAGCCCACUUUGGGACCAUUAAGACUUUUUCUGCAUUAUGACAUGAUUUCAUUCCCGGUAGACACAUUUAACCCCCAAGUCCUUAUGACUAUAAAAACAGUAAUCUUCAACAACAUUUGACAUCAGAUUUGAGUCCUCGCUGUUGUCAGAGGUGAUUGUCAUGAGGUUCAGAAUCAGGAGGAAAAGUGCUUAAUUCGUCCGAAAAUCAGGCUUGGCUUUGGUUUUGGGGUGACUUGUCCCAGACGUGUUUUACGUGUUUCUUGAGACUCACUCGUCGUGAUGGAUCAGUGUGUGUGUGUGUGUGUGUGUGUGAACAUUGUUAAGGGUUGGGCGAUGGCCUCUGAUGAUGUGCUCGGUGUUCCCUUCUCUUCACUCGCUCACGGCCUUGACCUUGUGCCAUACACUGACCGUCCUCAGUCCUUCCCCUCUUCAUUUCUGCUCUCGUCCUGAAGGACACGGAUCUCAGCACCAACGGCACGCUUCUGGAAGCCUCGCAGACUUCGCUAGGCUUGAGUAGCUGCUCUGAGCUGCUGUCUGUACCUGUGCUGUCACGCUGCGCUCAGCUCUGUCUUAUAUAAUGCUGCUGUAGAUUCCUGCAAGUCUGGGAAGGUUUUCACUGAACGUGAGGAUUGAACUGCGUGAGGUUCAGCUAGUGCUGAUCACAUAUGGCUUGGAUUGGUUUGCUGUCGUUCAGUCAGGACAUUACAGCUGCUCACCUUUAAACCCGGCACGGUCCGAACCCAAAUAUGCCUCCCAUUAGCAAUGGAGAAAAGUCUCUCUGUUAGGGAACGGUGAGGAAAAAUGAUCUGUGGCCAAUUAGUUUGAAAACGUAUUAGAGAAUGAAAUGAUUGGUGUUUCCGUCCGUAUUCAGUGUUAUCACUCAAAAGACUAACCACACACAUUCUGCAUUCGGCAUUCUUGCGUCUGAGCCGCUUCUCACCUGGUUUUGGUUAAUGGUUCUCUGAACAAGCAGCUUUGAGCAGGAAGGGUCUUGAACAGUCGUGACUCGUGUUCUGGACUGUUGUCGCCGUCAUCACUUCCAUCUUCUCUGUUGAACUAUUGAACGGGCUCUUACCAGGGACCCUCCAAAACAACUUUUCUCCAAUCUUUCGCUGAGCUCUGCAGCUGCUUCCUUCCAGAAUACCAUGCAUGUUGACACCUUUCACUGACUGUAUUCCUUGCACACUUAUAUUCAGUAUUGGGUCCAAUACAUGGCAGUUUAAAGCGUUUGAUGGCAGUAGACAAACAGCAUCCCUUAAAAGUGACCUCGACAAUGUAGUUGCAGUGUUUUUUUUUUGAUGUUGUUGUUUUUAGAUUUCAUGUUCAGUGCGGUUUGCAUUUAAAAGACGUUCUUGCACAUUGGGAAAUACCUGUGCACAGUUUAUAGUUGCAUAUCAAACACCGAGUUGUUGAUCAUCAGGUUGCAGGUUUUCUGGAAUCGGCACGAAGAAUUCAAGUUCAAGAACUUGGAAUAGGUUUUCAACUCUGUUCAUCUUUCAUCCGACCAUGUUUUUUUGCAGAUUCAUAGCCCACGAAACUGAAUUGCCAUGUAUGAACCAAACAUUCACCCUGUUGAAUGCACAGGGCUGAAAUCAUGUUAUUGUAAUAUCUUGCCAAAAUUUCCUGUUUUGGGUGUUCAUAUAUAAAUAUAUAUAUUUCUUCCUUUGCAUUGAUCCAUGUGAUAGAAUAUUUGAAACAAUGGGGAAAAAGAAAAACAAGGCAGCUACUGUAAGAGUGACUACUGUAAAAUGUCUAAUUAAAUAAAGACAAUGGGGGUUGUUUUUA